CAUCUGCACCAGACACCAUGCCCUGGCAGAAACAGUUCACCCUUCCCCCUAACACAAAGGGCAUGCAUCUCGUCACCAGCGACGUCUUGCAUGCCUGCCAGGAAGGCCUCAAGGGCGUCGACGUCGGCAUCUUUACCCUCCACUGCCUCCACACCUCUGCGGGUCUCACUCUGAACGAGAAUUGCGACAGGACUGUGCGCACCGACAUGGACAUGGCGCUCGACACCAUCGUCCCCGAGUCUCUUCCCUGGGAGCACACUGAUGAAGGACCCGACGACUCUGUUUCCCACCUCAAGACCUCACUCAUCGGCAACUCGGUCACGAUUCCCAUCUCCAAGGGGAAACUUGUGCUCGGCACCUGGCAAGGUAUCUAUCUGGCGGAAUUCAGGCAUAGCGGCGCGGGAUGGGGCGGUAGAGGAUCAGGAAGAAAGGUUGUCGCGACCAUCCUCCCAUGAGCUGAAAAUA